UAAAAACUAAAAAGAAACAAACGGUGCGUUUUAUUGGAGUCUUUGAGCAACGAAGGGUUUAAGAGCUCUACCUCUUCUCUUUUUCACAGUGAUACUAGGUAGAGAUGCCUUCAAUGGAGCAGAAUGGUCCCAGAAACACAACACAAACUCGAAAACAAAAACCAGUCCUCAAGCUCUCCAAUCAACCUCGCUGCGCCGCCGAUGCUAUUUCCAGGAGGGAAAUAGUUAAAAAACAGAGAGAGUCUCUACCAAUUGCUUCAGUUAAGGAACGACUUGUCCAGGAGGUUAAAAACCAUGACGUUUUAAUCAUCGUUGGUGAAACCGGAAGCGGAAAAACAACUCAGUUGCCUCAGUUUCUAUUUAAUGCUGGGUUCUGUUCCAAUGGAAAAGUUAUUGGGAUAACACAACCUAGGCGUGUGGCGGCUAUCACGGUUGCUAAAAGAGUUGCAGAGGAAUGUGGUGUUGAGUUGGGUCUAAAGGUUGGAUAUUCCAUCAGAUUUGAUGAUAAGACUUCCAGCUCAACAAGGAUCAAGUACAUGACCGAUGGAUUGUUGCUGAGGGAAGCAUUAUUGGAUCCAUAUCUCUCUAGGUAUUCAGUAAUAAUUGUUGAUGAAGCUCACGAGAGAACUGUCCACACCGAUGUGUUACUGGGCUUGCUGAAAAAUGUGCAGAGAGCAAGGUUGAAAUCUGUCAUUGACCAUGCUGUUGUCAGUAAUAAGAAGGCCAGCAAUGGUAUAACGAAGGAGAAUGAAAAAGGAGCCGAAUGCACCAAUUUUCUCAAGCAGUGCCAAAGGAAAUUUCCACCAUUGAAGUUAAUAAUCAUGUCUGCCAGUUUGGAUGCGCGUCUUUUCUCAGAGUACUUUGGUGGUGCCAGAGCUGUUCAUGUUGAAGGCCGUCAGCAUCAUGUGGAUAUAUUUUAUACACUUCACGCGGAGACAGAUUAUGUAGAUGCAGCCUUGAUUACCAUAUUCCAGAUCCACUUGGAGGAGGGCCCAGGUGAUAUUCUUGUGUUCCUAACUGGGCAAGAAGAGAUUGAAGGUGUUGAGAGACUUGUACAGGAGCAACUUCAAAAGUUACCAGAAGAAAGUCGAAAGUUGGUAACUGCUCCAAUAUUUUCAUCUCUUCCAUCAGAACAGCAAAUGCGAGUUUUCAUGCCAGCUCCAGCUGGACAUCGUAAGGUGAUAUUGGCAACAAAUAUUGCUGAGACGUCAGUGACUAUACCUGGAAUCAAAUAUGUUAUAGAUCCUGGAUUCAUAAAAGCACGUUCUUACGAUCCGGUCAAAGGGAUGGAAUCAUUGAUAAUUAUUCCAACAUCGAAAGCCCAGGCUCUUCAAAGGAGUGGACGUGCAGGCCGUGAAGGACCAGGGAAGUGCUUUCGACUCUACCCAGAGAGUGAAUUUGAGAAGCUUGAGGAUUCAACAAAGCCAGAGAUCAAACGGUGCAACCUCUCUAAUGUUAUUUUGCAGCUCAAGGCUCUAGGCGUUGAUGAUAUUAUAGGAUUUGAUUUCCUGGAAAAACCAUCAAGGGCAGCUAUUCAAAAAUCGUUGGAGGAGCUGUUUCUGCUGGGUGCUUUGACAGAUGACUGUAAGUUGUCGGAUCCUGUUGGGCAUCAAAUGGCUCGGCUUCCCUUAGACCCUAUUUAUUCCAAAGCUCUCAUCCUUGCUAGUCAGUUCAACUGCUUGGAAGAAAUGUUGAUAGCUGUUUCAAUGCUCUCUGUGGAAUCUAUUUUUUAUAAUCCUCGUGAGAAGUCAGAAGAGGCAAAAACUGCAAAGAAGUGUUUUGCAAGUCCAGAUGGUGACCACCUUACUUUGAUUAAUGUUUAUCGCGCUGCUGAUGAACUCUUACAGAAGAGAAGGAUGGAGCUUGGUAUAGAAAAAAAUGAGAAAAAUAUUAAAGGAAAAAAUGAAAAGAUACUGAGAAAAUGGUGCAGGGAAAAUUUUAUUAAUAGUCGCUCACUGAGGCAUGCUUGUGACAUUCACAGUCAGAUUAGAGGACAUGUUGAACAGAUGGGUCUUCCUAUUUCUUCUUGUGGAGAUGACACUCUUCAAUUCCGUAGAUGCCUUGCUGCUUCAUUUUUCCUUAAUGCAGCUUUGAAGCAACCCGAGGGAACAUACAGGGCUUUAGCAAGUGGUCAAGUAGUGCAGAUCCACCCUACUUCUGUGUUGCACCAGUCAAAGGUGGAGUGUGUAAUUUUUGAUGAACUAGUCCAAACAAGUCAGAAGUACAUUCGCAACACAACUAGAAUUGAUUAUUUGUGGUUGACUGAGCUUGCUCCUCACUAUUAUGCAAUGCAGGGUUGAAGUUUUGAUGCAGCUAAGAGUUCUAUCCCCGAGUCUUUUGCACUUAUCAACUUAUGGCCUGAUUUUCAUACUGUAGCUGGGAAAUAGCAACUAGAGGAGGAUCGCUGGAACUCAUGUUUGAGGAGAAGUGGCUCUAUGUUUUUUUGUUGAUAGGAUGCAUUCACAAGUUGGACUUUAUAAUAAAGUCUUUUCCGAGUCUAUGCAUUUCAGCAUUGCUUGACCAGAUGACUUGAAUUUUGGAGGGCUUCUACACCAUGCAUGUCCCGUUAGUUUCCAUCUGCAAUGUUCUGGCUUUUCUCUUUCAGCAAGGAUCUCUGCGAAGAGGUGGUUGUCAGUUCUUGAUGGUGAACAUUUGGGAAAGUUGCUGCUUCAGUCGUCCUUUAUUAACUUAUGGAUUCAUAUGUGAAAGCCUGACUGUUGGAAACAGCAUCUAAACAGACGUGGCUAAAUUUGUGGCUGGUUUUUCAUCUAAAUGUGGGCCGGGGAGAGGCGUUGGCGGCCAUGAGGAGUGCAGUUUUGAUCCCCAAGCAAGUCAGAAAGUAAAGGUUUAGUUAUUCUCUGUAUUAUUUAAUGAAGCCAAAUAUAUCACCAAAUGGCCACUGUAUACUGGCGCUCACAACUCAAAAGGCCACCCUGGUGGCCUUGUAUCUUAAACGAAACAACUUUUCUUUUCAUAAAUGAUAAUUUAUCCAUGGAUAUGCAAAUA